AUGCGUACUCCUGCUGAGACCGAAACACUAUCUCAACCUGAGAUGUACAAAUUUGAAUCUCAGGAAAGCGAAGCACCAUCGGGUGGCAAUCAAGUGGUUUUGUCACCCUCCCGUCCAGAAACGCACAUAUUUACUAAUAGCAUGUUAUGCAUCCAAGAAGAAUUGGGUCAGUUGGGUGGAAUUGCAGGAGGUCCCAUAAUCACUGACCCGCACGAUGCUCAAUUACCUAAUAAUAGUCAUAGCAUUUCGGGGAGCAAUAGUAAUUCCAGUGAAACUGCAACAAAAUGUACUCCAGGUUCUGGAACUUUGGAUGCGCAAAGAUCGAGUUGGGUCGAGGGAAUAUUAGGAUGUAUGCGCCCAGUAUGGAGUAUGCUUUCAAAAGCAGCUGUAAAUGAAAAGAUUAAAGGACAUCAAACUGAUGAUUGGGAGAUACCAUUUGAAACGAUUAGCGAACUUCAGUGGCUUGGAUCUGGAGCACAAGGUGCAGUAUUUAGUGGGAAAUUAAACAAAGAAAUUGUAGCUGUAAAAAAGGUACGAGAACCACGUGAGACUGAUAUAAGGCAUUUACGAAAACUUAAUCACCCGAAUAUUGUUCAAUUUAAAGGUGUUUGCACGCAAGCACCCUGUUACUGUAUAAUAAUGGAAUUUUGUCCAUAUGGACCAUUAUAUGAUCUUCUUCGAGCUGGAGAACCAGUACCACCUCCUAGACUUGUAUCAUGGUCUAAACAAAUUGCAGCUGGCAUGGCUUAUCUUCAUGCACAUAAAAUAAUACAUAGAGAUCUCAAAAGCCCAAAUGUGUUGAUAGGACAAGGAGAGGUUGUAAAAAUUAGUGACUUUGGAACCAGUAGAGAAUGGAAUGAAAUUAGUACAAGAAUGAGCUUUGCUGGUACCGUUGCAUGGAUGGCUCCAGAAAUAAUCAGGAAUGAACCCUGUUCUGAAAAAGUCGAUAUAUGGUCAUACGGUGUAGUAUUGUGGGAACUUUUGAGUGGAGAAGUACCUUACAAAGAUGUGGAUUCUUCGGCAAUUAUUUGGGGUGUGGGCAAUAAUUCUCUCCAUUUACCAAUCCCCGCAAGUUGUCCAGAAGGUUACAGAUUACUUGUAAAGCAAUGUUGGGCUGCUAAACCGCGUAACAGACCUUCCUUUAAACAUAUUGAAAUUCACCUCGGCAUUGCAGCAGUUGAAGUACUGUGUACAAAACCUGAUGAUUAUUUUAAGACACAGCAAUCAUGGAAGAAAGAAAUUAGAGAUCAUAUGAAACAAAUGCAAACAAAUAGCUGCAGUAGUCCAAGAUUUGAAGCUGACCUAAUUAGACGACGCGAGGAUGAGCUAAGGCAUGCUCAAGAUAUUCGAGAACACUAUGAACGUAAACUUGAACGGACUAACAAUUUGUACUUAGAACUAAGCGCCGUUUUAUUACAAUUAGAACAGCGCGAACGAGAUGUGAUCAAACGAGAACAACAAAGUGGCUAUAAACAAUGUAAGAAACGACUUGUGCAUCCUCUAUUGAAGGCUCAAGAAAGACUACAUCGUAGACGUAAUCCUACGAUACAAUUUUCAACAUCCUCUACACCAACAACACCACCAUCCCCGACAGAUGGCCCUCAAAGCCCUGCAAAGGCAACUAUGUAUACGCAAUUGAACGAAUCGAAUCAGCCAGAAACAAUUUUAGCUCCUAAUAACAGUUUCAAACAACGUAAGUACAGACAUCGUCGGGUGGGAUCCGGAUGUGGUGUUAACUCUAGCCCCCGAUCAAGUCCUCAUCACGAAAGAAAGAGUACAGAAGUAUGCGCGCGUUACGUUGAUAAUCAAACUCAAACAGAUAUAAUGGACAUUAGCGAAACUGACAACGUUAGACAAACAACAGUAGUUUCAUCGACAGAAAAGCUUUCUGUAAAUAGCAUCAAUAAACAGUCAUUAAAUAAACAAGUAUCAGAGUGUUUAAAUGGGAAUUCAGUUUUGUCCGACGAUCAUUAUAGAAUGCAAUCUAGUCCCUGUUCCAGUCCUGAACCUUCAAAUGUGAAUCAUGCAAAUGGAAACGAACGUUUAAAGGACUGUAGUGACGAUGACAAUCUUGAAACGCUUGGCCGAAAAGUUAGUGAAAUAAUUAAUGCUAAUCGCCUUAUUUCUCCAAUAGAUAAUGGAAAUUGUGACGAUGUCAUACAGCAUAGAGGUAAAGAAGAUUCUGUGAAGUUAUCUGGUCAUUUUUGUGGAAUUAUUGUUAACGGUACUAAUAUACAACAAGAACAAUCGGAAAUAAAAGUUCGGCCUUGCAAUGAAAACAUAAAUGCUUUAUGUGAUCAUGAAGAUGAUGCAUGCGAAGAGAGUUGGUCAGAUGAAGAAGGUGAAGAUCCGAGCUAUACGUAUAAUUAUUCUCUUAGAAGAAGGAGUAUUGCGAGAAGACCAAUUGGUCCUGGAUAUAGAUUAAGAAGACUUAAACACGCAACAGUACGAAUAGAAGGAGUGUUAGCUUCUGAUGAAGAAAACACUUCUGAAUAUUCACAUCCUCCGUCCAGUCAAUCAUCUACGUUAGAAAGUAAUCCUGAUAUGCAAAGAGUACUUCGUAAUAUUCAAUAUUCUCAUAAAGUGAGUUAAGGUAAUUUUUUAUCAUUUAUAAAUAUACGUUAUUCUAUAUGAUAUGCAGAUGGAAUUAGAACUUCCAUACCCAAAAUGAGUAGAAUCGUGGUGAUAGAGAUAGCGGUGACGUAAUGGAUAGCGUAAGAAACUGGUUUUAUUUACAAAAGAUUUAUAAAGUUGUAAUUUCAUUUUCUACUUUCUCUUACAAUUGGUACACGAAAGAAUUCACUAUUAAUUGAACCUAAAUCUUCGAUGUUUCUAAUUAACCACACUAUCCACUACGUUACCGCCAAUCAAACGUUCUCUUUAUUUUUCUAUUUAUUUUGGGAACGGUGUUUCAAUUCCACACGUAUACAAAGUGUUCCAGAAAGGUAUAAUCCUUAAAAUACAGAUUCUCCAUAUUAAAACAAAUAGGAAGCCGUCUGCUAACUUAUAAUUUGCAGUUUCCUUUCCAAAAUAUAAACAAUUAAAUAUUGGAUAUUCAAUCAACUGCGCGGCCGUCCGAACGAUAGGCGGCUCAACGCACAACUGACGCGUGCUGUUUGGAACCAGAAGAGUACGCAUACAUAGGAUGCGCGCGCAUGCACAUAGCGAAAAUCCAAAAAUCAAAGUCACAAACUAUUUUCCGAUUUAUUUUGGCAUGGAGAAUCUGUAAAUUUAAUAUUUUAAAACCUUUUUGUGAUACUCUGUAUAAAUAAAACGAAGACAAAAAUAAUAAAUGUAUUAGAGAAUAAAUAUUUAGAAACAAAGACCGAUUUAGAGAACAUGUAAUGGAAUGACAAUUGUUAAAUAAAUUCUACAAAAUAAGUGCCUGAGGCAAUUAAAAGUACACCAAACGGUAACUUUCAAAGUUAAAUAGAAAACAUUAAUGAAAUUGUAAUGUGCAAUAUAAAGCAAUUUACAUAAGCUUUCAAUUGGAAAUAGAGUUCUCAGUACAAUAAAUUUUCAAUUCAACGAAUAUUCAAAUAUAUAAAUAAAAUAAAAUUACAGAUGACACAAGAUAUUGCUUCAAAAUUAUUUUAUCACAGAAAAAAAAUCGUUAAAUAUUUUUGAUGCAAUAAAAUUACAUUUUUACUAUUACUCUUACUGCUGAUAUAUGUAAAGUUCUGUAUGUAAUCGAUUUUAUUUUGUUUCUCAAUUAACAAAUGAAAAAUCUAAUUUAAUGACUACGUUUACAAUAAAAUUAGUAUAAGUUGUAUUAUAAUAUGAUGAAAAUAGUGCAGGUUGUCUGAGUUUCAAACUGAAACUCAACAAUAGUGUUGGACUGUAUAUGAAAGUCAUACUCAUUUUUGCAAAUUAAUAACAAUAAGUAUUGCAGUUAUAUAUGCAUAACUAGAUGAUAUAGUUAACUCAGUUGUCCAAAGUACUAUUCUGCAUCCAUCUAUUGUACCUGCUUUGAAACUCAAAUUGCCUUAAUGACAAUUACUAUACAUUGUAAAUAUAGACAAUAUGAUAGAAACUUAAGAGAAUAGUUAAUAAGAUACAUUAUAACAUUUUGAUGUGCUCAUUUGGAUGAAAUAAUUAGUAAGACGUACAGAGAUGUACUUUCUAAUAAUCAUACAUAUUGUAUCUAUUAUAUUUAUGCGAGUAGUUGCAUAAAUUGUUCCUUCUUGUGCAGUGGCAGCUAAACUGACUAGUUCUAUUAUUCUUUAAUAAUAGAAGCGGUACACAAAAUUUGUGUUAUAAACAAUAAAGUUGAUUUACAGUAA